GAUUCAAGCAACCCCAAGCAAGUUGUGAUCGAUUGCGUCUUCCGCAUGGCGCCCAAAGCUGCAAAGCCCAAGCUCAAGAAGGGUGGCUAUGGCAGCGCGGAUGAGAAGUGGGUCCAAUCGCAGCUGCAGGCGUUGCUGCGGCAGCGACAGAGCGUGGCGUGGGUGCAGCAGCAGCACCUCUGGCACGAGGAGCAGCUUGCACUGGUCCUUGAGAAGCUUCAGAGCAGCUCGUUGCCCUCCUUGUCAGCAGAUUUCAAGGAACAGGUGGAGUUCUACGUGUCGCAGUUGGAGAGCGACAUGCCAGAGGAGGCCUUCUACGACGAUCGGGAGCUCUACUUCCAGCUUUUGUCUCCAGCUACUGCGCCCAACGAGACAGAUGAUACCGCGCCCUACCAGCGCAGUGAGGACUCGGAGGAGGCCAUGCUUGCGGCAGAGAAACUGAAAGUUUGGACUGAUACAAGUCCAAAUGGGAUCUCGAACUUCGCGAAGCUUUUGAAGGCUCAAAGCUCCUCAGCUUUGGUGCAAGAGCUUGGACUCACCAGGCUCUCUGCCUUGCUGGCAGAGGCGCGGGAGCAGAAGACACCGGCAGGGCUGGCGCCCCGCGCGCUGAUGCCAAUUGUGACCGCGGCCAUGGAGAGAUUUCCACGUGACACACAGGUGCAGCGUCAAGGCUGCAGCGCCUUGCGCGCGAUCUCAUUGGCGCCCAACGGCGGCUUGGGCAUUUGCCUGGAGGCAGAUGGUGCCAAGAUCCUCGUGCAAGUCAUGAAGAGCCACAUUAGGGACGCCGACGUUUGCCGCACCGCUGCCGCGUCGCUGGCCUCCAUGGUGAACAAAAGCCAGGGCAGCGCCGUGGAGAUGUCGCGGCUCCGAUCGUCUGGCGCUCAAGCAGUGCUCCAGGACAUCUUGGUCUACCAUUCGAACGACAUCCAGUUGGACAAGGUGGCUCGCCAGACCAUCCCCUUCCUGCGAGGAUGAGCAAAAUGAGUCGAAACCGAGAGCAAGUGGACGGUGUGUGUUUGCGUGGCAGGACGAGUACAGCCCAGCUGAGCUAAGAAAAAACCAGACAAGCAAAGGCUUUGUCAUGUUCCUUCCCUUGGUUGGACGUCUCCGUCUCCAUCGUCCCUUGGUUGGUUUGCUUUUGGACGAUCACUACCAGGCCCGUGGACCGAACGCUCGGCGGAGGUUCGAGCUGUGGCAUCUUCGAUG